AGAUCUAUUCAUAAUAUAAAGAGAAAGGCAAACAAUUUUGAACAAGACAAAAUGACUUGAGUUCAGUUGUGUUUUUUCAUCAUGUAAGGGUAUUUCUGUUGUUAUGACUAAUAUUUCUUGUCAUCUGCCUAUGAGUGCAACUCCACAACACUGACUAAUGCACCUGAGACACAGUGUCAAGUGUUGUCCCCUGAAACAGAAAUGGCACAGCCCAAUAUUGUUGCGCUUGCGCUUUGGAUCAUUGUGAUCCAAGAUGGCGGUGGCGACGUCGUGAAAUUUGCAACUUUCCAACAAAUUCACUCCUCUCUUCCACGCCAUGGCCCAGAAUCAAGAAUCAACGCCAGAAGUCGAAACCAUGGCUAGCAUAGAAGGCUCAGAAGCGGAAAAAUUGGAAGGAGCCGGAGCGAGUCCCGAAGAAGGGUCGGUAAAACUCGGCGGUGAAUCGUGUGGUCUACCCGAAGAUGACACUCAAAACACAGCUGAUCCGAACUGUUUGCCCAAAGAGUCUGCUGACGCAACAGAAGAAGCUAAAGCUCUAAACCCACCGGACGCGUCUGAAGAAGGAAAGGACACUGAACCUUUACCAGAGGCUUCUAUACAGCGGGAAAGUUCGGGAAUCGACGCCAUAAUAGAAAAUAGAGAAGAGUUAUCCGAUGCCUCUGCCGAAAGUGGCGGCAACGUUACGACAGAAGUAAGACAAGACCACAACAAAAUGCAAGUCGACGACGACAACAACGGAUUGAACAAUGACUCAGAAACUGGGGAAAAGGUUAGCCCCGAAUCCUGUAUGCAAGUCGAUCCAAUCGCGGCCAUACCAAGUACUUCUGAUGGAAAAGGGGUGAAAGGGGAGGAACCACUAGGUGCGGAGGGUGGAGAGGUAUCCCCCGGAAAACUGUCUGCAGCGCAAUGUCUCUAUCAAGUCAAGUGGAUAAAGUGGAAGGGAAAGGACACCCCCAUCGUGACGCAGAAUGAGAAUGGUCCGUGUCCGUUGCUGGCGCUCAUGAAUGUUCUGUUCAUGACGUGGAAGGUGCAGUUACCCCCUGGAACAGAAGUGGUCACGUCCGAUCAGCUCAUGGAUUAUUUAGGAGACUGUAUACUCUCUAGUGCUCCGAAGAAUUGCACAGAAGGCCAGCUGUUAAACUAUGAGCAGAAUUUCCACGAUGCCAUGUCCGUCUUCCACAAGCUUCAGACGGGGCUGGACGUCAAUGUCAAGUUCACCGGAGUCCGACACUUCGAGUACACCCCUGAGUGUAUAGUCUUCGAUCUGUUAGGAAUAGUUCUAUACCAUGGCUGGCUAAUCGACCCCCAGAACCUGGAUAUUGUGACUGCUGUGGGAAACUGUAGCUACAAUCAGCUGGUGGAGAAGAUCAUCUCCAGCAAGUCAGCUCAGGACAGCGAGGUCGUGAGUCAAGGAAUGAUGGCGGAGGCGUACCUGGAGAGCACGGCCUCCCAGCUGACGUACCACGGCCUGGCGGAGCUGAGCGGCACGGUCAAGGAAGGGGAGUUCUGCGUCUUCUUCAGGAAUAAUCACUUCAGUACGAUGUUCAAACACAAGAGUGAGCUCUUCCUACUGGUGACAGACCAGGGUUUCUUGGGAGAGCCCAACGUUGUGUGGGAGACACUUUCCAACGUAGAAGGUGAUUCUACCUUUGUGGACGCAGACUUCAGGACGACCGUACCAAACCACGGGGGGUCUCCACAAGUGCCUUUGAGUUCCCAACAGCAGAUCGAUCAGGUACUGAAAACUGUCGUGAGCUCAUUGGGCGAUUCCUUCCGUACACUCGCUAGGUAUGCGCCGCUGCCUCCACAAAGCAAACAACAAAUGGACCAGGACUACCUGGUAGCACUGACCCUACAACAGGAGGCAGCCCAGGAUGGAGAGCAGCAGCCCGCAGCCAUGUCAGAUCUGGAGCUUGCCAAGAAGCUACAAGAAGAAGAAGAUGCUAGAGCACAGCAGUUGUAUGCUCAGCAGUUACAACAACAACAGCAGCAGCAGCAGCGACAACAACAACAACAACAACAAGCUGCCGGUGCUGCCCAGCCCCAACCCCUUCCCCCCCAGGCCCAGCCCAUACCCGCCGGACAACCACCCAGGAAGAAAGAGGCACCGUCACAACCUAAACCUCCGACCCCCCCUCAACCAUCUCAGCCGGUCUCCACAGGGGGGCAACCCCCUGCUGCACCCAAGAAGAAAGAGGAUAAAUGUACGAUUCUAUGAUGGCUGUGCUGCUGAAGAAAAAAAGCCCACCAGUAGUAGACCUGCCACCCCUAUUUUGAACUCCAAAUGCCCACGAUAGGAAAAAUCUCCAAUACAAAAAUUUGGGUGAACAUUUUGUCUGUUUGUUGUAGACAUUUUAAGACAAACUUUGAUACCCCCAGAUGGGUAAUGGUGCAGUCCAACCGUAAUAAUCUGGAAUGGCAGGUGAGGGCCAUGGAAUUUUGAAAGUAGGGGUGGAUCAGGUGUAGUGGAGAAGAUGGGAGGCUUUCAGAUGACAUACUCCACUCUUGCAAGACACAUAUUUGGGGAAAAUGUGCAUUCCAAUCAGGAACAAUGUGGUAUGCAGAUCAUACAAUGUACCAAACUGUGCCUCAGUCAAAAGGUUACUCCUGCAGUGCUGAUAUACUCCGUUAGGGGGAGCUUCAAACAUGCAAGCUUGAAACACCAUUUGUGAAAGAAAUGUUUUGUACAAUCCUAGAUUUGUAGUUUUGAAGCAGUGCUAAACUAUAGUGAAACUCACUUUCUGUUGCAUUUCCAAACCCAUUGUGGAAAAGAAAUUUAGAAAGCCCAUCUCUAUUAUAAGCCUACAUAAUUGUUGAUACAGUGAAAAUUGACAAAAAUAAUAAAAUGUUUUUCUUCAAAUAUUGCUUAUUGUCACAUUUAACUGACAGUCAAGGACUAAGAAUUAUUAAAAAAAAAUCUAUGAAAAAUUAUUUAAAAUGUUAUUUUCAAGCUCUUCUUACCAAAGGCAACAACCCCAUAUGCUUCUAGCAACAUGUCUAAAGUUUACAUUGAUUGUAUGACAAGAAUUUUAUUUGUAGACCAUUGCAUGCAUCAGUAUAGCUUGUAUAAAGCUAGUCUUUGUCUUUUUGAUUUGAAAAUGAGUAAUAUGUUUCAUGUGUCUAAGUUAUUAACAAGAAAGUCCAAAUGUUUUCAUUUUUUCUAUUUUCUAAUAGAAAAAAGGGUGAAGUUUCAAGUGUUCAUGAAAGGAAGUAUAGAAGGUGUGACUCACAGUGUAAGAUCAAGCAGAGUUAUCUCUAAGCUAGUACAGAUUUCUUUUGUAAUGAUCAUUUGAUUUUUUUUACUUUGCGCACUGGUAGUUUUUUCUCAACCUUUAAAAAAAAUUCAAAAUUUAAACUGGGCACUACGCAUAUUGUUGCAGUACUGAAAAUUUGAGAUAUGUUUUAUUUUCAAAUUUGGCAGUUUUUUUUUCAUAUUUGAGUAAUGCAUAGACUAGAAUGAAUAGAUAAUGCAUUUAGGGUGAUUGGGGCAACUUCACUAUCAAAAGAGAACAAUGCAAUUUAGUUGAACUGUAGAGAUGCUACAUUUUGUACCUGCAAAGUCAGAUCAUUUUACUGUAUUUUAAUACAUCAUUCAAAACUUAAUGAAAUGGUAGUAGAUGAAGUUUAAUUCUGAUUUCACUUUCUACAGCAAUCACUACUGCUUCAGAAACUUUUCUGUCAAAUUUCACCAAUAUUUAUUAUGGAAGAUGUGGCAAUAUUAAUCACAGCAUUAAGUUGCCUCAAGAUUAUAUAGAAUAUUCGAAAUUUGCAAUAGGAUAAAGAUACAGUGUUCAAAUAUCUUGUUCAGCUGUGAAAUACGAUGUCAGAAUGUGCAAAGGCAUUUUUCAACUUUUUUACAACAUUUUUUUUCACCUCUGUGAAGUUAAAGCUAGCAUGAAACAGUUUAGCAACAGGCUAUUGCCUAAGAGGUUGUCUAGGUGUCCCCACAGCCCACGCCCUGCACUAAAAAACAACGCCCUGUCUCCAAAUUUUAUUCCAAAGCCUGUUAGGCAGUUUGCCAUAAAUCAUAAAUAAUCAUAUACAAUCUGAGGAAAAAUUU